UCCACAGAUGAGGAUCGCGUUGCCUGUGCUGGAAAUGUGGAAUCUACAAACUGCUCUGGCUAUUCUUGGGACUUUGUGUUUGACCUCUAUAAGUGGAUACAAAAAUGGAAAGGUGGAGAAAUCUUGUGAGAGCAUGAUGCCAGAACAUCACAGCCAACCCAACACUACUGCCAGCCCAUACACACUGACUGUGAAUGCCAGUAAAUUCAGCCCAGGUGACAAUAUCAGAGUCACUCUCUCUGGAAGUGAGCACUUUGAGGGCUUUCUAAUUCAGGCCCGAGAUGCUACAAACCCUGAUGGACCAGCUAUUGGCUCAUUCACAUUGGUAGAUCCUGAGAUUUCUCAGCGUUUGACAUGCAACAGCAUUGAGGGUUCUGCAGUUAGUCACACCAGUAAUGCCAAAAAGACAGAAAUUCAGGUGAUUUGGAAAGCCCCGUCCAAAGCUCCUCCCACUGUACAGUUUCUUGCCACAGUUCUUGCCCACUACAAGAUUUUCUGGCUCAAGCUUCCUGGUCCUGUCAUAUCUCAGGGUGACGUGACUCCCGCUCCAUCUCAAUCAACCACCGUCAUGUCUACAAACUCAGCAAGCCCCUCUAUACUGCCUCAGCCAUUCACCUCAGAGGGAUGUGGCACGUCGAAGUCUUGUCUCACUGACCCUGUCAGCUGUAACCCUUCUGUGGACACAAACUGCUUCUUCCUUUCUUAUUCUACUUUGGGCCAGACAGUUUCGUUUGAGCUCAGUGGCCCUGCACAGGGAUAUGUCUCCUUUGCUCUCUCCAAGGAUAAAUGGAUGGGAGAUGAUGAUGCGUACUUGUGCAUAAAUGACGAGGGUCGUGUAAGUGUGGAGGCUGCACACACAACAGGCCGGACAUAUCCAGAGGUAUCAUCCAAGUCUGUGCUGACUGAUGUAGGCUGGAGAGUUUCUGAUGGGGUCAUUCAGUGCAAGUUCUCCAGGUCCAUCUACACUCCUCAGGAUCCGGUCCGAUUCAGCCUUAACAGCAGUUACUACCUGUUUGUAGCACACGGGACUGCGGAAUAUGGUAUGAUCCACAGACACACGUGGCAGCCACUGAUAUCGUCCCAUCAUCAGAUCAUUACCGGCCCUCCUGAGAUACUGACAGGAUCUCGAUCGCCACUGCUCAUGAAAUAUCAUGGAGCUCUAAUGCUGAUUGCCUGGAUGCUAGCAGGAAGCACUGGAAAAAUAAUGGCUGCCUAUUUUAAACCUGACUGGCCAGAACAAACAUUGUUUGGGCAAAAAAUAUGGUUUCAGGUGCAUCGCAUGUUGAUGUCUCUUACAGUUUUGCUGACAGCUGUGGGCUUUGUUUUUCCUUUUGUCUACAGAGGAAAAUGGAGCACAAGAGCUGGUGCUCAUCCAUACCUCGGCUGCACUGUUAUGAUUCUCGCUUUCUGUCAGCCUAUAAUGGCUGCAUUCAGACCAGCUCCAGAUUCCUCACGGCGAUGGAUUUUCAACUGGUUGCAUUGGGCUGUUGGAAAUGCUGCUGAGAUUAUAGCCGUGGUUUCCAUGUUUUUUGGAAUAAGGCAACAGUCUCUUUUGCUGCCUUAUCCUUGGACCACAGGGCUUCUCUCUGCUUUUGUGGUUUGGACCAUUGUGUUAAAGCUGGUGUUAAAACUUCAUAAGCAUGAUGUUAUUAGAAAAGGGAGUGGAAAGGAAGAUGAACGUCCAGUUCUCUCAGACAUUUCAGAGGAUGUUACCUGGGAUACUAAGUUUAGAGUGGCUGUCCUUGCUGUUUUUGUGCUUGGAAACUCAGCAUUCUGUAUCUCACUGCUCGCCUCCAUAGGGGACAUAUAA